CUCAGUCUAUCACUCAGACGCAUUGAACCGGCUGCUCUAUUUAACGCUCCUGUUCGGCGCAUGGAGGUUACCUGCUUCUUGCUUCAACUCCGUCGUCCCCUUCCUCCGCUCUGCUUGAAAUGGAGUCCGGGUAUUUUCGGGGGAAACUCCAUGAUACCUAUGGCUUAUAAGCAGGUUUGUAUGAGCUCAUUAUUACGCACGGGCUAGCAGGACUGCUGUCCUUCCUAUGAAAGCACAACUGUUGAUGGUUGCUGAUCAAGCUGAAGCUGCUAAGUUGAUUGAUCCAACUGAUGUGCCAAUGUAUCAGCCUGUGAAAUAAAACUUCCAAAAGUAUUCCAGCUGCAGCCAUCCCAUAAAAUUCACGAUAGUGAACAGAUGACAUGAUCAGAAAAGUGCCUCGACUCCCAUUAAUGCCCACAUUGCCUUUCCGACAGCUUGAGGAUUGGAACCUGAUUAACAAACAUGAUGGUUAUGGAGGCCUGUUUCAGCUACAUACACAUCAAGGCUGGUUAUCUAGCUGGGUACUCGUAUGUGAUGGACAAAAAGAUGCUAAAGGCAUCCUAACUGAGAGUGAAGUGAUCAGUUGGCAUGCUCUGGCAAAUGUCUCAAGGUAUUCUUGCCGUUGGGUUUGUAUUCUUACCAGUUUGCUGAAAUCCAUUCUGCAGCCUAGCUCUCCUGUCGACCUGUAA